AUGCCUGGCUUUCUAAAGAAGUUAGGGCUUGGCUCGCCUGAGGUCAGCGAAGGUAUCGCAGUCGAUGAAAUCCAGAGCUCAGGUACUUCCAGUCCGCAGGGUGAGAAGAACGAGAAGGAAAUAGGUGCCUCAUCAGCACACGAACUUUCCGAAGCUGAGGCUGCCAGACGGUUGAAAGUCUUCAAGCAUAACGCAGACGCACUUUGGGACCCUAAUCUUGAGAGCGAUGAUCUUCAGGCAGUUGACGAAGCUGUCGAGCAUCACGACAAGGAUGGGGAGAACCAGCUUGUGAAUCAUCUCCUAGACAACAGCCCUUACCCGGAAGUCAGGGCCGCCGUCAGGAACUACGAUGUGGAUUUGCCAUGCAACACUAUCCGAAUGUGGGUCAUCUCACUUCUAAUGACUACGAUCGGCUCUGGUCUGAACAUGCUCUUCUCUCUGCGUUCGCCUUCGAUCACGAUAACUUCUUAUGUUGCGCAACUCAUCGUCUACCCCGUAGGCCUUGGUUGGGACAAGAUCAUGCCAAACCGUCAACACACAACCUUCGGUGUGAGAUGGAAUCUGAACCCUGGUCCAUUCAACUUCAAAGAACACGCUAUGAUCGUGAUUAUGGCCAAUGCCUCGUUCGGAACUGGUGUGGGAUACUUCACCGAUAUCCUCCAGGCCCAGCGUGGUUUCUAUAAGUUCAACUGGGGAUGGGGCUUUGGAGUGCUUGUUGCCUUGAGUACCCAAUGCGUUGGUUUUGGUCUUGCUGGUCUUUUCUCUCGCUGGCUGGUAGAGCCAGCUCCUAUGAUCUGGCCUCAGGAUCUGGUCAACUGCGCCUUUAUGUACACUCUUCACGACAACUCGAAGACAGAUCCUGCCAAAACAAACGGCUGGCGUAUCUCCAGAUAUCGCUGGUUCUUCUACGUGUUCCUAGGCUCAUUUGUCUACUACUGGUUCCCCGGUUACAUCGCUCAGUUCUUGAGUGUCUUUGCGUUCCCUACCUGGAUCGCGCCCAACAACAUCACUGUCAACAAAGUCUUUGGAGGUUUUAGUGGUAUGGCUCUUCUGCCCCUCACCUUUGAUUGGACCCAAAUCACUGGAUAUGUUUUCAGUCCCUUGAUCCCUCCAUGGCACGCUAUUGGAAACACCUUGAUCGGUCUUGUCCUAUUCUACUGGAUCACCGCGUCGGCAGUCCAUUUCAGUGGAACCUGGUACGCCGACUAUCUGCCAUUCAGUGACUCCAGCUCUUACGAUAACACUGCCAACGUGUACAAUGUCUCAAGGAUCCUUACCCCAGAAAUAACUUUGGACCUUGCGAAAUACAAAGAGUACUCGCCUCUCUUCCUGUCGACUACUUUUGCACUCUGCUAUGGUCUCUCCUUUGCUGCCAUUUCUGCCGUGGUUGUCCACACCAUUCUCUUCCAUGGAAAGUUCAUCCUCGACAGAUGGAGGCGCUCGCGUGACGACAUGAGAGACGUCCAUCAAGAGAUGAUGGAUAAGUACCCCAAAGUACCUGCUUGGUGGUAUAUGACCUUACUCGUAAUUUGUAUUGGGCUUUCCUUCGCUACGAUCUACGCUUAUCCUACAGAGAUGAGUUGGUGGGCUUUGAUUCUUGCUUUCAUCAUCAGUUUCGUUUGGUUCUUGCCUAUUGGAUUUAUCCAAGCGAUCACUAACGUACAGCUCGGUCUCAAUGUCUUUACCGAGUUCCUGAUUGGUUACAUGCAACCCGGCAAGCCCAACGCCAUGAUGUUGUUCAAGACUUACGGCUACAUCACCAUGACCCAAGGUCUUGCUUUCACUCAAGAUAUGAAGCUUGGUCACUACCUCAAGGUCCCACCCAAAACCAUGUUCCUUGGUCAGCUGGUUGCAACCAUAUGGUCCUGCAUCGUUCAACUUGCGAUCUUCGAAUGGGCCUUCGGCGGCGGCAUCGAAGGUCUCUGCGAAAUCAGGCAGCCCAAUCAUUUCACAUGUCCUGGUGGAAGAGUGUUUUAUAAUGCUAGUGUCAUAUGGGGAGUAAUCGGUCCGGCACGCAUGUUCAGUGGCGAUGCCACCUACAAAAAUCUUCAAUUUUUCUGGUUGGCUGGUGCCGCUGCUCCGGUCCUCAUCUACUUCGCAGCCAAGCAGUGGCCAAAGUCUCCCAUCCGAUUCCUCUCGGCCCCCCUCAUCUUCGGUGGAACUGGACAGAUUCCUCCUGCCACACCAUUGAACUACCUUUCGUGGGGUGUUGUUGGCUUUAUUUUUAACAAGUGGAUCAGAAACCGAUACAGGGGAUGGUGGAUGCGAUUCAACUACAUCACUUCGGCUGCCUUGGACUCUGGUCUUGCUAUUUCGACCAUCUUGCUUGUGUUGACAAUCAGCUUGACCAACACUGAUGCUCCGAAGUGGUGGGGCAAUGACGCUAUCUACAACACCAUGGAUUAUCUAGGUACCGCUGUGUCGAAAAUCGUACCCGAGGGUUCUACCUUUGGUCCUUCUACAUGGUAG